AUGUCCUGUGGCCGAACAAAGGCAGAGGCUAUUGUCAAAAAUGUUCUAGCGUCAAGAAGUGUGCAAGACUUCAUCAAUGUGUUGAAGGAUCCAGCAAAAUCAAGCAACUUUUUCUCUAUUGCAACUGAUGCCUCCAACCACAAAAACAGAAAGAUAUUCCCACUGGUUGUGAGGUAUUUUGACCCUAUUAGUGGUGUUAAAAAUAGGCUCCUGGACUUCACUGAACAAGCUGAUGAAACAGCUAAUGGUACCCAUAAUUUGAUCAAGUUUUCACUUGAUACACACAAGUUAGAUAUAAAAAAUCUAACUUCAUAUUGUGCAGAUAAUGCAAAUGUGAAUUAUGGGCAGCAUAAUUCUGUGUUCAAACUACUACAAGAAGAUAACAAAAAUGUGCUUAAAGCAAACUGCUCAAAUCAUAUAUUGCAUAAUGCCACAAAACAUGCAUCUGAUGGAUUAGAUGUGGAUAUUGAAAUGAUCAUCUUAAAAAUAUAUGGACAUUUUUCGGUAUCAGCAAAAAGAAGAGAAGAGUUGAAGUCAUUCUUUGAUCUUGUUGAUGCCGAGUUGGAGAUUGUUCGUCAUGUGCCCACUCGUUGGCUUACCCUAGCAUCAGCUGUGGACAGAUUAAUACAAAACUGGUUACCUAUUAAGAGCUAUUUCAAACGUGUGAAUUGCUGUCCAAAAAUAUUAAAAAAACAUUUCAGUGAUAAAGAUCCAGAAAAGAAGUGUGUUAUCGAGGCAUAUCUCAAUUUUUUUUCCAACAUUGGUGCAGUACUUGUUCAAUCUGCCAAAAUUCUUGAAACUGCUAAUCUUACGACCAUGGAAUGCUACAGUGUAAUGCAAUGUGUAGGCAAUAAAAUUCAGCAGAGGAUAGAGGACAGGUUUUUUGGUACUGCCACAGAAAAAUUUUGA